AUGUUCACCAGGUCCCUGUCGUUGUUACACUGGACGUCCAUGGAGCAGGCGGACGCGGACGUGCUGGACAUCAGCACCAAGGUGCAGCUGCACGGGGUGCUGUGGAAGAAGCCCUUUGGACGCCCCUCCACCAAGUGGUCCCGCAGAUUCUUUAUCAUUAAAGACAGCUUCCUGCUCUACUAUGCAGAGAAUGAGAAGAGGAAUUUUGAUACUAACAGAUACUUCAACAUCCACCCCAAAGGAGUGAUUCCACUGGCAGGAUGUGUGGUAGUUCCCAGCGAUGAGCAGGGAAUGCCAUUUGCCAUGACCAUCACUCACGAGGACUUCACAGGCAAUGUUGUCCUGGCAGCAGAGUCUGAGGCAGAGCAAGCGCAGUGGCUGGAGAUGCUGCAGGAGUCUGGCAAAGUUACCUGGAAGAAUGCCCAGCUGGGUGAGGCAAUGAUCGAGAGUCUGGAGGCACAGGGCCUGCAGCUGGCCAAGGAGAAGCAGGAGUAUCUGGAUAAAUUGAUGGAGGAGACAGAGGAACUGUGCCAACAAAGAGAAAAGAAGGAGGAGCUGGAGCGGCUGAACCAGGUGCUGGAGGAGGAGAAGCAGAGGUUCGAGGAGGUGGUGCAGGAGCUGAGAAUGGAGCAGGAACAGAUUAAACUAGAGCUGGAUGGCACUGCUCAGUCACUCAGAGGUGUGGAGUCAGAGAAGAAGGAACUCCAUAGUCUGACCACACUGUUGCAGAAAUCUCUGGAGGAAUUGUCCCAGGAGAAGAAACGCACUCUGGAGCUACUGCGCGCCAAAGAGCAGGAAGGGGCGGGGGUGUGCGAGGUGGAAGCCCCAGCUGCUCCACCGGACCCUGGAGACCCCGGCCUUCUGCAUGGGAAUCUGCAACAGAUCGAGGAGCAGAUGAGGAGCCUGCAGAGAGAGAAGGAGCAGGCAGAGGAGAGGCUGAAGGAGAAUGAGCAGCGAGCCAGGGUCCUGCAGGAGGAGAGAGAGUUCUACUCCUCGCAGGCGCGGACGCUGCAGCGGUCGCUGGCGGAGCUGACUGCCAAUAAGGAGCAGACUGAGGCGGAACUGAAGGCUGAGAUCGAGGCGCGUGUGGAGCUGGAGCAGAGGCUGAAGCUGGCAGAGGAGGCUCUGCAGAGUCUUGAGCAGGGGCUCAACUCACUGGAGCGCUCUAAAGAAAGGGAUGAGAGGAUGAGGGGGGACGUCAGCCAGCUGAGGAAAUUCUUUGAGGAGUGUAUCUGUGCUGCAGAGAUAGAGGCCAAGAUGCCAGCCAUUAUGAAGAACGCGGUGUACAUCCACAAGGCUGCGGCGAGACGCAUCAAGAGCUGCCGCGUGCAGAGGAAGGUGAACAGGCACCACUGGGCCCAGUUAAAACAUUCGAAGUCCUUUGUCCUUACGGCCAGUGAGGAGCCGUCUCUGGAGGACCUGAAGGAGACAGCCCGUCGGCUCACCUGCGACAGCACUUUCCGGGAAAAAAUGUACAAGAUCAUGUCCCGUCAGGACCCAGUGAAGGCCGAGGACUGACUGUGGGACACAGCGAGCGCGUGUCUCUGGGGACCAAAUGGACCGCCGGUCAACCACUGUUCUGUCGUGAUUCAUUCUGGAGCACCUUUAGAUUUUAUCCCAGUCUUGAAUGUUUAGUUUGAGGAUACAGCUGAGUAGGUCUAGAGAGGAGAUUGGGAACCAUGAAGCAUCUUUAACCUGUAUAUAAAACUUAAUGUUUAAUGGUCAGUUGCCCUUAGUACAUGCUUUAAAUUGCAUCAGCUUGGUUAAUAGAUGGAUAUCAGUUCGUUUUUGAUACCCUGUGACUUUACUGGUUGAUAGCCCAAGUGUCAUUAGAAAACAGGUGAAUGAAUGAAAACAAAUAUUAUCUCUAUCCUUCAAGUUUUCAAUAGAAGACUAUAAUAUUGUCACUUAUAAAGGAAAUGUGUAUAAAAAAAGUCUGGCCAAUCAAUAAAUGAGAAGGGUGGAGUUUUAAAAUCUAGAGAAGUCUGCAGACUCCAUCAUGGCUACGGGGUGCAGUAAGUAGCUAUACAUGACAAACUUACACAUUAGUGUAGCAUCCGGUCAGAAAAUUAGAGAAUUUUGUGAAUCUUACAAGAGUAUAAAUGAUAA